AUGGUGGUGUCGCUGUCUGCUGCUGUGUCAGGUGUCCUGGGUUUGCUGACGGGGAAUGCAACUGUCCUGGCCGCUAGAGAGGUCAAGGAGAAACUGGCAGCUCCGAGUCUCAGUAUUGAAGAGCUCCCGUCCCUCUACACUACUCCAGAGCCGCAGCUCAAGUAUGUGGAGUCAGAGGCGGGGCCAGUGGAACAGGGUGUGGCCGAGCUGAGGAAAUGGGCCGAGCCUUUCACCGACCAGUGUCGGGAAACGGGUCUGGUUGCCCUGGAGAAAGCAGAGGAAGUCUACAGGACUGUAGAGCCCACUGUGAGCACCUCCAUCAGGACAGUGAGAGAGUUCCUCAAAGAUCCUCCUCCUGACCUCUAUCCCAGUGUCGGGGUGGUUGGCUUCUCUGGGUUCCUAGGACUGUACCUGGCCAAAGGUUCCAGGGUGAAGAGGCUGGUGUUUCCUGUAGGGUUGAUGGCUCUCAGUGCUUCCAUGUUCUACACCCAACAGGCUGCCUCCUUAGCCAAGGUGAGCUGGUAUUCUAUGUAUAGCUGGAGUCAGCAGGGUCGGGAUGCUGGGAAGACGCUCUGGAAGGACCUGCCGUUUGGCAAGGGCAAGGCAGGUUAAGAAGACCGAGGACAAGAGCAUUCCUAGCUGAGACAGAGAAAGCCUGGCAAGAGACACAACCUGGCUGAGGGGGGGGGGGGGUCAAGUGCAGGUGCUGGUUUAAUUGUUUGUUUUAGUAUUCUAGUAUUCUUUCUAACAAAGAUAUCUGCAUAUAUUUCAGGAUGUUGUGUAUCCCUGGAAAUAAUAUGAUUCAUGUAAACAGUUUGAAAACAUAGUUGUCAAAAAAAGUGGUCUCUUGACCUGGGAAUGAGGCAAAAUUGAUGCGCGGAACAGGGUAAAUUAAGCCGCCUACCAAUUUCUGUACUGGAUGAAAUAUUACCACUACCUUUUUAAAACCAUGUAUAUCUUUAUUUCCCAAACACAAUUCAACACAAUCACAAUCGCUUUCGUCUUUUAAGCAACACUUUGUACUUUUUUUUUUAACACUUCGAAGCCAGUUCCACUGCAUUUUUUUCAUUGUUCCCCUCUAAUCAGGGACUUAUUUAGAUCUGGGACCCCAGGUGGGUGCAAUUAAUUAUCAGGUAGAACAGGAAACCAGCAGGCUCCGGACCUUGUAGGGUAAGAGUUGAAUACCCCUGCUCUAACACAAUACAUUAAUUUGACUUUUUUUGGACCUCACUUGCGGUCCACUUUUUCCAUGUGGUUUCUUCUUUCACAGACUCCAUGAAAUGAUGACCUCUUCCUAAAUAUUUGGUCAAAUUAUUAAUUUUAUGUAUGGGGGGGCUCAACUUAUCCCACUCUCCCUUAUUUGAAUUUUGGAACUAGAUGUUCAUAUACUUUGAGGAUGUUACAGCAUGUCAUCACACCCACCAGUGCCGAGAGCCUGCUGUAACUGUUAUUACCAUCAUCUAUGCCUAAAUUGGUUUUGGGUGGUUUGAACAACCAAUUGAUAACCAGGUUCUUGUUGUAAAAGACAAUUUGUUUUCAAUGACAUGACCUGGAUUACAAGAGGUGAAAUUAACUAUGUAGGUCUGUACCUGUGGAUAGAUUACACAUUCGACACCCCUAUAUACACAGGCACACACAACACCCCCCAUACACCUCUAUCUCUCCUGUAACAUGAUACAUCCCAUUUCCUCCUGCUCUGUUACCAUCCCAACUAACCAUGCCAACAGACACCCUUGACUCCUGUCAGCUGUUCUCUGACCUCAAUUGAAUGUUUAUGUCUAGCCAAAUCUUAAUGCUCAUAAUAUUUUGUUUUGCUAUUUAUGUAUUUAUUUCCAGACAUCCCCCCCCAUCAAUGAUCCACUGCAGAACAUUACAUAAAUUAUUUCAAACGUUGAAGAUUUUUGAGCAGUGUGUUUAUUUUUUGUUCACCUCCCUACGAACAGAAAAAUGUUCAUAAUAAAUUAAUCUCAUGAGUUAUUGCUAAACUUAAGUGCAUGUUUUAUGCCUCCUCAUAGAGAGGGUAGUCUGUUCAUACUCCAAAUGGGAUAUUCUGGUUAGGUCUGAAGGCUUUUUUAUGUGUGGAAUUAGUUGUUCAAACAGGGACUGUUCCCGCCCCGUAAAACUUACAUGAGGAAGCAGUUCAUCUGCAACUCCAGCCUGGCCCCACAUCUUGAUGUGCUUUAGCCAACUCCUCUACCAACCCUUACUGAUGGGACCAGGCUAACACUGUAGAAACUGAAUCUGCUGUAACCCUGACCAAAUGAUUUCUGAAUUAGACUCCAGUUUCCAUACGCAGUGAGGGUGAGCGAGUUAGGGUAGGGAGUAUCUGUUGGUGUGACUUGACGCCGUGGGAGGUGUGACCCACUAGGGUCUUGUUUGUGUAACCAAGUGAUCAACACACGUUUGUGUACAAGAAUAGAACAUUGUUAUAGUUUAGAAAGGGUUGGAUAAAGACCCCAUGGGGUGUUUUAAUCCCCCUGUUGUCUUUAAAGAGAUUAACCGCGUUUAAAGCUCUGGACAUAAACAGGUCAGCGAGGCUCAUGGGAGUCUAUGAAAAUAUUAUGGCCCGUCUUAAAAUGAAGAAUGCUGUCUCUUUUCAGCACCCCCCUAUCCUUCUACCUCGUUCUCUCAGAUGUAAAUAUUGUGGUCUAUGCUGUACGUGGAUCAACGUUAACUAAGUCAAUUAAACACUGUCCUGCCCUAUUUCCUACCAGCUUUGAGUUCAUAUGGUUUUAGGUGGAGUACAACUGUUUACUGAAGACUAUCACUCCUUUAGUUGGUUGUUACUGAACGUGAAACUGCUCGGUCCUUAAACACACAUUUGGCAAAAGCCAAAUAGAAAAAGGAGAGCUGUGAAACUUCAUAAUUAGAGCGUUAGGCCUUUUCUGAGUUUAGUUUGAGUGUUGGGGAAAACCCUGAGAAAGGGCCACUGUGUUUACAGUAAAGAGGAUCUGUCUCUGUCUGUGAAAAGGGUUGGGAUGCAGUGUUUGUAUAUUCUAAACUGGGCCACUACACUGUUAGGUUGUGAAAGUGUUUGUUGAUCAGGCAAUGCUGUAGUGAAUAUUCAGUCAGUGAAAAACAAACCAUCACAUUGAUAUGCAUUUCUACGCCCCCGGUUUCUGCAAGAUCUGACUAGAACGUUUGUGUGCCUGCGCGUGUUCCACUCCCCUGCUCUCCAUAGACUUAACAGACCACACAUUCCCCUUUCACAGAGGAAGAGAUAAAGUAUGACAGAGGGAGCGAGAAAGAGGAAAAGGCUGAUGACAUCACCAUUCUGUGAUUUCAUUGUAAAGCCCCCGGCUUCCUAGAUCUAGAGAAGUCAGUCACCACACAAAUAUGCUCUGAACCUUUUAAUUGCAAAAACAUAAACACAUUAAAACUACAAAUCACUAUAUUUUACCAUUAGUUACCCAGAUUGGUCUAAGGAAACAGAGCACGCUACACCCUUUCAGGUUCUAGAUAGGAUUCCUACACAAAAGGCUUUAAGGUUUGUUGAUUAGUAGAAUAAACUAAAAACUACAUCACCUACUAAAUUGAUGGCUUUAGAUAAAUACUCGAUCUAUUAAAAUAAAAUUAUUCAUGAACCCUAAAUUAAGUGAUUUAGUAAUGUUUAAUGCCCCUUUUUCUUAAUAAUAAUAAUAAUCUAUUGUCAGUAGUCACACACCCCACUGCUGAAGUGAGAGACAGGCAAAUAAUUAACUGAAUUGAAAUCGACCCCAAGUCUCACUCCAAUCCCCAUCUUUCUCUGUGUCUCUGGGCCAGCUCACUCUUCAGGGCCGGAUGACAUCUUGAGGAGAGAGCUCUUGUCGAUCUUGAAGAGUCUCCAUCCCUCCUCCAGAGAGAGGUCGGCGGCGCCGCGACGCUUGUAGAACUCUAUCGACGCCUGGUUGCCCUCGGCGACGAUGAAGUGCAUGCUGCUGCAGCGAGACUUGACCGCCGUCUGAGGGGAAGAGAGAGCAGGCGUGCGUCAGCGUACCAGACAGUGAUUGUGAGCUUUCCCCGCCCCCCUCACACAAAGCCAUCUGAAUCUAAAAAUCAGCUUUUCCUGCCAACACCAUUUAUUUUUUCCAAUACAUAUUCAUUUAUUUUUUCAACAGUAAUAAACAAACAGAACAGGAGUGGAAUCAGCUAUUUGUACAUAGAAUCAUAACUCACUGAAAUGGGCUCUAUAGAAAGUAUGGCAUUCUGUUUGAGUCAUUGACCUAUUUCUACAACAGGAUUCUGACCAGAGCCAUGUAAAAACUGUCUGACAUCUACCAUCUAAUAACUCCUAAGUUACUCACAUGACUGAGGAGCUUUAGGAUCUCUGAGCCGAUGCCAAACCCUGGUGGGAAAAGAAGAGAGAAGACAAUGGGAAAGCAGUAAAAAUGGACGGACGAUGAGAGUUUAUGGUUAUUGGUAAGGUCAGUGAGGAAGAAAGAGACAGAAGGAGAGGAAGUGUUUGUGCUUACCCCUGUACUCUUUCAUGACGAAGAAGUCUUCCAGGUAAAGCAGCUUGCCGAUCCAGGGGUCAUAGGUGAAGUAGUACAUGGCAAAACCAAUUACCACAGGACCUAGACAAAAAUAAGUAACCACAUAAAUACAAGCCUGACGUAGUAUAACAGAGCUUGUUCCCGAGUUACCCCAAAACACUGAAUGAAGGUCAGUUCAGAAUUCUGCCCUAAAUGGUUAUGAGCAGCAAGGAUGUGGGAUGGCGGAUCACAGAUCUGUGAUUAAGGAUAACUUCAACCUUCAGCUCUAAACCCAGUCUGGUUUUAGUGAGGCUAGAGGACUGUGUAAAGAGGAGACGUCAGUUGGGCAGUGGUGUAAAGUACUUAAGUAAAAAUACCCCCAAGUAGUACUUUAAAGUAUCUGUACUUUACUAUUUAUAUUUUCCAUUCAACUUUUACUUCACUACAUUCCUAAAGAAAAUACGGUACUUUUUACUCCAUACAUUUUCCCUGACACCUAAAAGUACUUGUUACAUUUUGAAUGCUUAGCAGGACGGGGAAAAUUGUCAAAUUUAUGCAUUUAUCAAGAAAACAUCCCUGGUCAUCCCUACUGCCUCUGAUCUGGCAGACUCACUAAACACACAUGCUUCAUUUGUAAAUUGUCUGAGUGUUGGCGAUAGCCCCUGGCUAUCCGUAAAUGUACAAAAAUAAAUAAUUGUGCAGUCUG